ACUGCUACCAUUCAGUGCCCAGCUGAUGCACUGUACACAUCUGGGGGGGUAAUUAGGGAGUCCCCCCACCCCCCAACAUCUGCACACAGCUGGAUCUCAACACUAUCCAUCAUGUUCAGGGUAUUGGUACUGUUGUUGCUGGUUACAGGAGCCAGGGCUUCCUGUUCUGCACGAGGGGUCAGCACCUGUAAGCAAUGUCUCGCUGCGGGGAAAGCAUGCGCAUGGUGUUUUCAGGAGGAUUUCGGAAAAGGAGCUGCCCGCUGUGAUACAGUUACUUCUCUUCUGCAAAAUAAAUGCCACCAGGAUAACAUCACAUUCCCAAAAAGUCAGGUUAACACCAUAGAGGACCGGCCACUGAGUACAAAAGGUUCUGGCGGAGAUACAAUGGAAAUUACACAAAUGACUCCACAAAAGAUACAGUUGACCCUCAGACCAGACGACCCUCAGGUAUUCACGGUGAACGUGAGACAGGUGGAUGACUAUCCUUUGGAUAUCUACUACCUGAUGGAUCUCUCCUACUCCAUGAAGGACGAUCUGGUGAAGAUCCAGAAUCUCGGAACCAGUCUGAGUGAAAAGAUGCGCUCUCUAACCAGCAACCUACGCAUCGGAUUUGGGGCUUUUGUGGAUAAGCCCAUGUCCCCCUACAUGUACAUCUCACCCCCGGAGGUCAUCACCAACCCAUGCUAUGAAUUUUUCACCACUUGCUUGCCCACCUUUGGUUAUAAGAAUGUCCUUUCGCUCACACCUGAAGUAAGCAAAUUUAAUGAAGAGGUCCAGCGACAGAAGAUCUCUCGGAACCGCGAUUCCCCUGAGGGAGGAUUUGAUGCUGUGAUGCAAGCCACAGUGUGUGACGAGAAGAUUGGCUGGAGGAACGAGUCUUCUCACCUUCUGAUCUUCACCACAGAUGCCAAGACUCACAUUGCUCUAGAUGGACGUAUUGCAGGAAUCGUCCAUCCCAAUGAUGGGAAGUGUCAUCUGGAUAAUGACAAUUACUAUUCGGCUUCCAAAAUCUUGGAUUAUCCAUCGCUUGGCCUGAUGACUGAGAAACUGUCAGAAAAAAAUAUACAUCUGGUGUUUGCUGUAACAGAGACUAUGGUAGACCUCUAUAAGAAAUACAGUGAACUCAUCCCAGGGACCACCGUGGGAGUACUUUCAGCGGAUUCCAGCAACGUCAUUCAGCUCAUUGAGGAGUCUUAUAAGAAGAUAAGAUCCAAGGUGGAACUUGAGGUCCGUGAUCUCCCAGAAGAAAUUUCCCUUGCAUUUAACGCAACUUGCGUCAACAAUGAAGUCACUCAAGGCCUUAAAUCGUGUUCAGGUCUAAAGAUCGGAGAUACGGUGAGUUUCUCAUUCGAAGCAAGAGCCCGAGGAUGCCCACAAGAAAAGGAAAAAACGUUCACAAUAAAACCUGUGGGAUUUAAAGACACACUCACUGUGACCGUGAAAUUUGAAUGUAGCUGUGAGUGUGAAAAACAUGAGGAACCCAACAGUGUAAAAUGCAACAAUGGAAAUGGCACGCUGAGCUGCGGUAUAUGUCAGUGCAAUCCUGGUUGGUUGGGGCCUCAUUGUGAGUGUUCCGAGCAAGACUAUAGCCCAUCACAGCAGGACCGCUGCAGUCAGAAGGAGGGGGCCUCAAUCUGUAGCCGAAGAGGGGAAUGUAUCUGCGGACAGUGCGUCUGUCAUACUAGUGACUUUGGAAAAGUAUGGGGACAAUUUUGUGAAUGCGAUGACUUCUCCUGCCAUAGAUUUAAAGGGGAGAUGUGCUCAGGUCACGGCCAGUGUAACUGCGGAGAUUGUGUCUGUGAUUCCGACUGGACUGGAGAGUACUGUAAUUGCACCACUCGCACUGACACAUGUAUGUCCAGCAGUGGCCUCCUAUGUAGUGGCAAGGGUCAGUGUAUCUGUGGGAAGUGUGAAUGUACUCAGCCAGGGUCAUACGGGGACACCUGUGAGAAAUGCCCCACCUGUCCUGACGCCUGCACCAUUAAAAAGAAUUGCGUGGAGUGCAAGCACUUUACACGAGGCCCCUGGAACGAUGAUAUGUCCUGUAAUCGGAUUUGUCGUGAUGAGAUCAAGCCUGUGGAAGAGCUGGAGGACAAAGGGAAGAAUGCUGUUAAUUGCUCUUAUAAAGAUGAUGAAGACUGCGUUGUUAGGUUUCAGUACCACGAAGACUCAAGUGGAAAAUCGGUUUUGUACAUCAUUGAGAAACCAGAGUGCCCCCAAGGGCCUGAUAUUCUUGUGGUCCUGAUGUCCGUCAUGGGAGCCAUCUUGUUGUUGGGGUUGGUGGCGCUGUUGAUUUGGAAGCUUCUCAUUACCAUACAUGACAGCCGCGAAUUUGCCAAAUUUGAAGAGGAGAGAUCCAAGGCAAAGUGGGACACGGCUCACAAUCCUCUAUACAAAGGUGCGACGUCCACUUUCACCAAUAUCACGUUUCGUGGGAACACUGAAUGAAUAUAAGGCUGGACUCCUCUCAUAGGACAAUUAAGAGCCAUAAAGCGACAUUCUUUUAAACCACUCUGAUGACUACUACCCCAUUACCCCUAGACGCUGCAGAAGAAGGAUGUCUUUCCCUUUAAAAAUCUGGCUGCAUAGAAUUUGGAUACUUGUAUAUUUAUGAUCUGUUACUUUACCCAUUUGGGAAUGUUGUAGUCCACAAAAUGCCAGGAUCUACAACAGGAUAUCAAAGAAAACGAAUGAUGUGCUCUUACUAAGAAGAUUAACUUGUAUCGGCACAAGAAACCCAAGUAGAUCCAAGCUUGUACUGAACUAACAGGAUGUUGUGACAUCACGUGAUGUCAUGUUCUAAUAAACUCUAGCAAUACAUUCUCCACGUAUACCUUUCACACGCCUUUGCAGCCAAGUCUUGCGCACAUUUUCCCUCAAAUAUUUUAUGUUGUUAACACAGUGUUCACGGGCCAAUCCUCCAAGCCCCUAAAUAUCGUUUUGUCACGGAUAUUAUCCCGCCACUUCUGCUGUGACAAAAAUGUCCUGUUUGGGGCUGUUGAUAUUCACGAAAACUUGAAAAUUACUGUGCAAGAAAUAACAUUACCAUAGGCCUUUCAUGUAUUUUGGAGAACUGUGAAAAAUGUUUACCUGUUAAUAUAAAAAAAAACACGUGGGCCGCGAUCUUGAAAACACCUGAUUGCAUGUAUUUAAGAAACCAAAUGAGAAGAUGGAAUGUUAUUUCACGAUAUGUUAAUAAGGAAACGGGAAAAAAUAAUAAUUGUAGCAACGUUUAUUUUUAUAUGACUAUAAAAGCACUGUACUUUUUCUGUA